ACAGUUGUUGGAAGACAACACGCAACUGCCGUAAAGUAACGCAACUGGAAGUCAGGGUCAUGGACCUGGCACAUUCAACCAAAUGUACAUUUAUGAAUCAAAAUACGCAAUGAAAACAUUGAAUUGUCUUUUAAUCGUCAUUCUUCCCUCGUACAUUAGAUAUCACACAGACCUACACAUCAGCCACGCACCCACUUGAACGUGUUCUCACUGAGAGUUAAUAUUUCCAACAGCUUGUGAAGGCAGCACAAAGACAGGCAAAUGUUCCCAAUCACUCAAAGUCUCCAACGGUAAUUAAUAACCCAACAGUGGUACAGGAUACAUUUUAUUAAUCUAGCAGUAUGAAUAAAAUAUUACUGUGAUCAAAACUGCUUGGCCGCAGCAUGUGACAUCUUUAAAAGUCCCCAUGCACAAUCGAAUAAAAACGGCCAUUACUUCUGGUUCAAACUCAAAAUUACCCGAUUUAUGAAAAAUAACAGUCAUUACCAGCAUUUCCUGCAGCAUGCAGCUAAAUCACCCAGAUGGAGCUGGGACCUAUUGAUUAAUUUGGAUGGACAAGACCCUUCAUUGCUCAUAUGUCAAAAAAUAAUAGCCUAUCAAAAGUCUCAUUUCUGAGCAGGAUAAUGUGCUGCUUCUGAAGCGUGCCUCAGAAAUGUCACUGAGAAUUUAUAGGCUGCCUUUUGCUUUUGAAGACUACAGAUUUUGUGACAGAUGCAAUUUGUACUCUGUCAAUCUGUGAUUCUUUGAAGACAGAUAAGAUUAGGAAGGAACAAAAGAGUCGGUUUCAGGGGAUUUGUCCCCUUGAGCCACACUUGGGAAUUUAUAUUGCAAACGUAUUUGCUGAAAAUGUGUUAAAAAUCCCAAAGUGUGGUGGGUAGUGGUUUUUUUAAACGUAACAUCGCCCUCUGCUGGUGGUGCUAAUUCAAACCAAAUAACUUAGCUGCUGUGUGACGGACAGGACAGGUUUUCUCAAAGUUUAUCCAGAUGUAACAAAGACAUAUUCCAAUGCUGAUCGAAUUGAGAUCCCUUCUGGUGAAACUCCAACAAAUGCCACAGCCUUUGUCUGUUAUGUCAAUGUAUUUAUUAUAAGAGUCUCUAGCUAGUAGGAGCAUACAAUGUUUGUGUAUUUAUUCCUCAAUAUGGUUCUUAUCAUGACAUGAACUAAACCUUUCAUCUGGAAAAUGUGAAAAAUGAUUUGAUUUAGAGUAAAGCCUAACAUCUGGAUUCGUCUAAUGCACCAAGACAAAUCAAGUCCUUGGCUUAUUUAGUGCGUCAUAAAUAAAUCUCCUUGGCGAUUGUCUACUAAAGUCAGGUAACUCAGUUUAAAGGUGUAACUGUGACACAUCUGUUUGUUUGUCUGAAUGCUGUAGAGUGUAGCUUCACUUACUGGGUACUGAUUGAUUUGAUUUGAAAAUGAAAAGUCUCUCAUAUUUGGGAGGUCUUAAUACUGUAUGUUUUACUCAUUUGUCUCACAGCUGCAGUUGCUCAUUUGAGAUUUGCUUUUUUAGAAAAAUGUUCACCGUUGCUUGUAAUGUGCUUUAAACCACCCACCACCUCGAUUGUUGUAGUCAAACCAGGCACAUACUGUACAUAAAUCGCUGCCUACGUGCCAAUGCUGCACUUACAGCUGUACUUUGUUCUCUGAAAUGGAAAAAACAGUCGAUACUGUCCCUAAUUGUUUUGGAGAAUUCUACAGUUUUACUGAAUCUGAACCAUUUUUAGUUUUGAUUUAGCUUUUAGAGGUUCCCGAAAUAACAUUAAUCCAUGUUAUGCAGAAUGAAUCCCCAAAAACCGCAGCAUAUAUCUUGAUAAGAGGUUAAACUUUGAGCACCUGGGAGACGACUACUUUAGAAGCUGGAGCAACCUGCGCUUGGCAGCAGGGCCUUGACUUGUGCAGCAAAUAAAUCUUAAUAGCUUUUCAUGACAACAGCAGCACCUAAUGGAGUGUCUGGCCUCCUGACCAUGAAAUUAAAUGUCACUGUCGCUUCGCCGACCCUCAUCAUCAUACAAGAGACUGAACAUUGACGUCACUCCUCUAAUAAACAUACAAAUUUAAUACAGGGGUGCAAAUGUGACUUUUUAUAUAGCCGUCUGCAUCUGUCCCCCAGUCGCCCCAACCAAUAGGAAAUCGUUUCUAACUUCGUCCACUGAUGCAAGAGGAACUCAUAAAGGCUGAGUUUAUUGAGUGACUAAGAAGCAUAAAUGUAACCGUGUAACGUAACAAGAUUUCUAAAUAAUGUGCAUAAAUCAACCAGAUUCAGUGACCCAUUGAAAAUUCUCUGCUGGUUUAAAAUGUCAGCUGGCUUAUAGAGAACAGGGCCCAGGACAUUUAAGCAUGUCUACGAGACCUCUGCGAAAGCAAUUACUCUCUGUGGUUUUAUUGUGUGCAGCCGUAAUUGUGAACUUUUUCUUCCUCCAGGGGUUUAAAUCGAGAGAAUUCGAAAAAAGUUGAAUGAGCUGGUAGCAUAUGAACAUGAGUCAUUUGGCUGCCCACACUCUCCACCUGCUCCCCUGCAGGAUGUCAUUCAGAAUGACAUCUAAAACAGCUGCUUCAAUCCCAUUUACAAAGUCAGAAAAAAACCCCAGUCAAUCAGUCUGAGGAGCUGGUGAAACGUGCCCAUGUCCUUGAAGCUCAGACCAGGGUGCUUGUCCUUUUAUUGAGCCUAUAAUUCACCGGUGACUGGCUGCUGAUUUAUCAUAGAUGCUUAGAUAGGAUGACACUGUGGAUUUUGCUCCUGGCUGUUGUGACCAGGAAAGGUGUGCGUGUUUGGUGUGUGGGAGGGGAAAGGCUACAACUGUAAGUAUAUAAUAGAGUCGGGACCCUCACAGCCAGUACGACUGGUCUUGCGGAGAGCUCCAUAAGAAUCGGAAGCACUUCCAGCAGCUGCCGAGUGAUGAAGUGCAACCAUCUCCUUUCCCUGGUCUUUCUGCUCAUGGCCUCUGGCCCCCUGCUGUGCCACCCCAUCACAGAGUCUGCUGAGAUGCCUUAUCUGGGGCCUGUCUCGGUGGAGGACAGAGGACUGGGCAACCUGAAUGACCUGUCCCUCUCAGAGCAAACCUUCUCUCCUCAGGAUGACGGUCUUAGAUAUUCCAGUCUAGAUGGUGUCGGAACAACAGGUCUGAUUCCCAGAACCACGAGAAGACAGGUCCUCCUGGAGAAACAAAGUCUCCUAAAUCCGCUGAGCCACGUGCUGGGCGUCAGAAAGCAGUUCAGGAAGAGAACGGGGAAUAAUGAGUGUUUCUGGAAGUACUGUGUCUAAAACUGACAACAUGCACUAGAACACACGCAGACAAUAUGAGACACUGCAUCCAUGCGUACUGUCUGUAUAUACUGUAUGCAUAACACUCACACACCCACAGGGAGCGCUGCAGAACAGCUAUAGGUCCGAUCGAGACAUCAUCAAGACUUUUAGAUGAUUUGUUAAAGUUGCUUUUAUGCUGUGUUCAACUUUAAAACUUUAUUUAAAGUUUGUUAAAUGAUGCAUGACCAAAUGUCUACAGCACUGUGCGCUCAUAAAAAGUAAUAAAAAGGAAAUGUGAUGCUCUCUUCUCCUUGUCUUUCCUUGAUGACACUGUGAUGUGAGAACACACAAAGCGGCAGGAUCCGUUUCAGUGGAAACAAAACAACAAGCGCAAACUCGCUUCUCGAGUUUUCUUCGUUUUUUCCUUUUUUUAUUAUUUUACAGCAGAAAGAAUAUAAAGCAUUCAGAAAACAUCUUCCAUAUUUUAAGGGCAAUUCAAAACGUUUUGCAUGGCUUCAGCAGCUGAAAUCUCUUUUUUUUCUUUUUUUUUAAACAUAUCCAUCGAGUCAGUGACGCUUGUACAUGCACAAUUACAAAAAUAAAACUUACAAACAAGAGAAGGGAAGAAAACGGAGGAAAGCAAAACACAUUAGGAGAACCGAGAGGAGAUGAAACUUUUACGGGGAGGGGUCGGGAGCGGAGGAAAACUGGGUCACAUAACAGGGAAAGACAGAGAGAAAGACAGCUAUUGAGAAGAGGAAAAUAUAUCUAACACUAGUUCACAUGCAAAGUGUCGAGGACCCUUAACUUUCUAUCAAAGCAGGGCCUUUUUUUCUUGGUUUGGAAUCGAUGAAAACGUGCAGUUCGGCAAAGGGUGCCAUAUAAUUGCUGUCCAUAAACUACUGAAUGCUUGUCUUGCAAUAC